ACAUGACCGAAGCGGCAGCGGCUGCAGCGGAGCAGGAGGAGGUGAGCCUGGCGGAGGUCGGGAUUCCCCGCUCGAACAACCACCUAACUGCCGAGGGGGAGCCGGAGGGCAAGCGGGCGAAUGGAACCUGCGUGGCCUCGGCGAACGGGGAGCCGCUGUUCGCCGCCGCCGCCCCCGCCUUGGGGAGCUUUGACAAGUCCCAGCUCGGCGAGGAGGAGGAGGAGCCCCAGGCCAGGCUGGUCCCCCUGCUUCUCCGCGGCGGCGGCGAGGCCGAGGCCGGGGCGGAGCAGGGGCCCCGCGUCGCGCGGACGGCGCUGUCCUCGCGGCGCUUCGCCGUGCUGCUCAUCUUCAGCCUGUACUCACUGGUCAACGCCUUCCAGUGGAUCCAGUACAGCAUCAUCAGCAACGUUUUCGAGGACUUCUACGGCGUGCCCUCGAUGGACAUCGACUGGCUCUCCAUGAUCUACAUGCUGGUCUACGUGCCGCUCAUCUUCCCCGCCGCCUGGCUGCUGAACAAGUGGGGCCUGCGCCUUACUGCCCUGCUCGGCUCGGGCUUCAACGCGCUGGGCGCCUGGGUCAAGUGCGGCAGCGUGGCCAGGGACCUCUAUUGGGUCACCAUGCUGGGCCAGUUGCUGUGCUCCGUGGCGCAGGUGUUCAUCUUGGGCUUGCCCUCCCACGUAGCCUCCGUGUGGUUCGGACCCCGCGAGGUGUCCACCGCCUGUGCCACGGCUGUGCUGGGGAACCAGCUUGGUGUUGCAGUUGGCUUUUUGUUACCGCCAGUUUUGGUGCCCAAUACAAAGAACGACACUACUCUCAUGGCACACAAUAUCAGCAUCAUGUUCUAUGGAACAGCGUCAGUUGCCACAUUUUUAUUCAUACUAACCGUAAUUGCAUUCAAAGAAAAGCCUCCAUUUCCACCAAGUGAAUCUCAAGCAGUUAUCCAACACAAUGUCUCAGAGUAUUCCUAUAAACAAUCAAUAAUGAAUUUAUUUAAAAAUAUGCCCUUCGUGCUUUUGCUAAUUAGUUAUGGUAUUAUGACUGGGUCAUUUUAUUCGGUCUCAACACUAUUAAACCAAAUGAUCUUGACAUAUUAUGAGGGAGAAGAAGUCAGUGCUGGACUGAUUGGGCUUACUCUAGUUGUAGCAGGAAUGGUGGGCUCCAUUUUUUGUGGCUUGUGGCUGGAUUACACCAAAACGUACAAACAGACCACUCUAAUAGUUUACAUAUUGUCUUUUAUUGGAAUGGUUAUAUUUACUUUUACCUUGAACCUUGGACAUCUUAUCAUUGUGUUUAUUACUGGAGGAGCACUUGGCUUCUUCAUGACUGGUUAUCUCCCCUUGGGUUUUGAAUUUGCUGUUGAAAUCACAUACCCAGAAUCUGAAGGCACUUCAUCAGGUCUUCUGAAUGCUUCUGCACAGUUAUUUGGAAUUUUUUUUACAUUGGCUCAAGGAAAACUUAUUUCAAAACAUGGCCCUCUUGUUGGAAAUCUUUUCCUUUGUGCGUGGAUAUUCUUAGGCAUCAUUUUAACAGCACUAAUCGAAUCUGAUCUGAAAAGACACAGUGUAAAUUUAGGAUCUCGGAACAUGGAUAUUAAAGCUGUGCCUGUCAACAGUCCUGAAGAGUGAAAAUCAAAAAAUUUUAUGUUGGUCAAACAAUCAAAAUCAAAAAUUUGAGAUAAAUGGAAAAGUUCAGUAGAAAAUAAUGUGCAAAUUUCGUGUAAUACUAAGUAAGAUGAAUUGUAAUAAUCAGAUCUGUGUAAGAGCAGUUAAUUGGUCUGCAAGUUAUGGGAGAUGGAACUUUACUUGAAAAUAAUUAUGUGAAUUAUAAAUGCACAAUUACUUUGCCUAAAAGAUGUUACAACAUUUUAACACUAUUUGUUAUUUAUCAAA